UUGAAUCAAAACAAUCAGGAUGCCUAAAGCAGAGUUCAUGUCACCCAAGGCUAUUGCCAACCGAAUGAAGUCAAAAGGUCUUCAAAAAUUGAAGUUUUACUGUCAAGCUUGUCAGAAACAAUGCCGUGAUGAAAACGGCUUCAAGUGUCACAUCAUGUCUGAGUCCCAUCAACGACAAAUGAUUGUUGUGGCAGCUAAUCCUGGCAAGUUUAUUCACAACCAUUCAGAAGAAUUCAAAAAGGAUUUCUUGAGUUUACUUUCCAGAGCACAUGGUACCAAAAGAGUCUUGGCCAACAAAGUCUAUCAAGAAUACAUUUCACACAAGGAACAUAUUCACAUGAACGCUACUCGAUGGAGUUCAUUAUCUGGUUUCUGUAGAACAUUGGCCUCACAGGGUAUUUUACGAGUCGACGAAACUGAACGAGGCCUGUUUAUUUCUUGGAUUGAUAAUAGCCCCAAAACACUAGCUAAACAAGCAGCCAUUCAAAAGAUGGAACGUGCUAAAAAGGACGAUGAAGAACGUGAAUUGGAACUACUCAAGGAACAAAUCGAAAGAGCGUCAAAAUCAGUUGAGGCUAAAGGAGGUGUGGAGCAAGAAGUGACUGAAUUAAAGCGAGAAGGCGAAGAACCCAUUAAACUCAGUUUGAACAUGAAGCCUCUGUCAGUUGUUCCUGAUGCACCCAAAGCCACUGGAUCCAAAAUGAUGGUAGGUGGAUUGAAAAAGAAGACAGGUCUUUCUGCAUUGGCCAAGAAGUCUGCUGCCAAUACGAAUGCUUCUGAGACACCUUCUUCGUCAAACAACAUGAAAGUUGGUGGCAUGAUGACCAUGAAGCGAAAGACAAUGCCAACUAAUGAAGAAAACACAAGCGUCAAGAAACUGAAAGCAGCUUAAAUUAUCGUUUAGCUAUCACUUGUACAUACACUUUUAUCUUUUUUGAAUAAAAAACUAUC